AUGGAAGCAAUAUUGUUUUCAAUAUUUUCAGAAACCGUUCAAAUCUACAGUAACGAAUACGCUCUCGAUGACGAUCAUGUUUCGUAUGAAAUCGCAUCAUCUCCCUCAUCGAAUUCAUACGAUCAAGUGUCUGAUUCUAUCCGCAUUAUGGUAAACAAUCAAUCAUCAUGUCCGGCUGCUUGCACGAUAACUCUCAAUAGAUAUACGGAUUCAUUUCAAGGAGCCGAGUCAACUGUCUUGUUCUUCGACACUGAUCACUCCUUCUAUCUGCCCAGCCAUUACAUAAAAGACAACAAGACAACUCUAGUCUGUGUAGCAAAUAACGGAUCUUGUGGAGCUACAGUACCCAUCUACAGAUAUUAUAAAAUAUCAAAUGGAGGAGUUUUUCAUGCGUAUUCCAUUGAUCAAGAUGUAGUUUACGAUGGAUACAAUCAAGAGUUCCUCCCAAUUUGUUAUGCAUGGACAGUUCCAACUGCAACAGUAGCCAGUAGACCAACAUGUGGAACUCUAACUUUUGAUAUACCACCUGAAAUGAUGUCCGAUUUGAAUAUUUACGACAAUAAACAAGAUGGAAUUGAAAGAGAUCACUACUAUACAACACUCCAUUCAACUGAUUCAAGUCUUGUCUCUUAUAAUCUGACAGGUGUUCUUGGAAAAGUAUUGACUUCUUCCAAGAGUACUGCUUGCAGCUGUCUUGUCAAGUUACAACAACAGUUUGAUAAUCAGACUGGCUAUUUUCAUCGCCUCGAUCACAAAUUAAUUGUUACUGGGCAGGAAUCAAACAGGCCGUAUGAGGAAUAUGUUGACACUGGAGAGACUAUUUAUUGCUCGAAGAGACUCGGAGAUUGUGGAGCCACGUUACCACUUUGGAAACAUUUUCAGUUUUAUGACGUUGACACAGUCUACACUACUGACUCAUCUCCUCUUCCAAUGUCAUACUUGUAUCCACAGACUCCUCUUUGUUACAUUUGGCCUGCAAACUAUUCUCCCAAUGCAUCAAAUAUCGUAUAUGGAACAGCUGCUCCUGCUCCACCAGUUCCCUUGACUACUUCAUUGCCAGGAAUCAGUGAAUCAACAAUUACUCCAACAACUCCGACUGGAACAACUGGAAGUACAAGAUUUUUGGAUUCUUCUGGAUCAACAAGUCUAUCUACAAUUAUCCCAAUGGGACAAACCAGUCAAAGUACAUUAAACACAUCACCAACAGCUUCAACACCCACAACUCCAGUUUCGAUGCUAAUCAGCUCAUCGGGAACAACAGUUUCCUCAUCACUAUUGAACUCUUCAACUGAGACUACUCUGAGUACUUCUAGUGUAUUCACAAUAAACACAAUCCCUACUAUGCAAACAUCUGGAAUUCAGCCUACUGUUACUGCUAGUUCAAUGUCUACAGCAACAACAUCACAAUCCACAAAUCCUUCCACUUUGAGUGUUUGGGGAACAACUGGUUCAACUGCUAGCGUACCAACAGUCACGACUUCUGACACGACUGGAACAACAGGAAUGACAACUCCAAGCACUCCAAUGACUACUCCCACUUCAGGAACUCCUAUGACGACAGGAACAACAAGAUUAUCAGAUUCUGGUGGGGUCACUCCCGGAUUAAUCAUUCCAAUGAACCCUAGCAUCACCCUUCCAACUACCCCUGACUAUCCGAUGACACCUGGAGAGGAGGUAACGGAAGUGAAUGUGGAUACGGAGCCCCCAUUAGAAGAAGAGUUCACUCGACCAACUCCAGAAACAUUUACACUUUCAAACUUCUGGUUUCUGACAACAACUACACAAUCCACUAUCGUAUCAUCUGGAACUCCAGCCACGAAUCCAGCUUCGCCUGCAGCUACACUGCCAGUUGGAACAGUUCCUUCAAUCAUGUCUACCGUUCCAAUAUUGCCUGUCACGGCUACUUCCUUGCCGUCUUCUCCAGCCACCUUGCCAACAGCUUCUCCCUUGUUCCCUGCAUCACCAGUGACAGCUAAUAAUGUUCCUAACCCAACAGGAACGAUUCCUCCAAUCGGUUCUAAAUCAGUUGACACAACUUCCUCAACUCCUGCUUUACCUAUCACUACAACACCUCCACCACCUGUCAUGGUAACUGGACCUCUUGUCCUAAUCAUACCAACAAUGCCACCUCAAUCCUCUGAAGCUCCAACAACUGCCCUUCCAACUACACUUCCAACAGCCCCAUCUUCUACUCUCGCUACAACUACUCCAACUCCUCCUUCACAAGUGUCAACAAUCGGAACAACUCAUUCUCUUGAUGGUUCUCCUGCCACCCCAACACCCCAACACAUGGCACAGGCUGCUCCAACAUAUUCUAUUGUUGGUGGAGCUCUUGAUUCCUUCACAAAUCCUCCAAUAAUUGCUGCUCUAAUCAGUUCUUCUGUCGCUUCCACGCCAUCUCCAACACAGUCUCAACCAACGCAACCAGUUUUAAAUCUGAUUCCUUCGACGGCAACGAUUGUAUCGACAACUCAGGAUCCAGGUAUAAUUUGGAAAGCUGGAGACUGGAUCAGUAACACGUGGCAUUCUGUCUUUGGUGGAAACGAUCAAGUUGUUGUUUCGACUUCUUCUGCUUCACCAACGGAAGAUGUGACGACUCCACGUCCAAUUGGAGGUCUUGUUGGAAGUCUAAUUAACUCUUCAGGUGGAAACGCGACAAACUCAACUAAUCCAGUGUCUUCGUUCUUAAACUCAACUGGAAACUUCAUUGAUCAACAUCUAAAUUCCAAUUCGAGUCAAGCUUUUGUGAAUAAUACAAUCAAUUGGAUCGACGAUAAGCUGGAUAGCACUGGAGAGUUAUUGUCAAAUGCAUGGAAUUCUCUUCAAUCGAACAACAAUACCAGUGGAUCAUUCGUCAAUAAUACUCAAACAUGGAUCGGAGGAGCUUUGAAUAGCACUGGAGGAUUUCUCUCCAAUGCCUGGGACUCACUGAGUGGAAACAACAAUUCGACUGGAAUUAUCAGCAAUAACACGCAAUCGUGGAUUAGUGGAGCCGUUAAUAGCACUGGCAAUUUUAUUUCCAACUCAUGGGACUCGCUGAGCUCCAAUAACAACACACAGGUAUUUGUUAAUAAUACACAAACAUGGAUUGGAGGAGCACUCAACAGUACUGGAGGGUUUCUAACAAAUGCGUGGAACUCUUUGAGUUUCGACAAUCAGACAAGUGGAAACGUAGUAAAUACUACAAAGACGUGGAUUGGCGGAGCAGUUGAUAACACUGGUGAAUUCCUGUCAAACGCGUGGGAAUCAUUGAGUGAUAACUCAAUCCUAGAUAAAACAAAAACAGGGAUUGGAGGAGCUGUGAACAGCACUGGUUCAUUCCUGUCGAAUGCAUGGAAUGAAAUAAAAGGAGGUUCUGGAAAUUCCCUGAACACUUCUCAAGUCAAUGAAACUUUGAAUGGAGCUAGUCAAGUAACCCAAAAUGUAACAUCUUCGGCAGAUGAGAAGAAAGAUGAUUUGACAGUAAAGAAUGAUACUGCCCUUGCAUCUGCCCCACAUUCCAAUCCAGUUGGCAGUGUUGCUAGUGUGAUACUUCCUAUCGUCAAUAAUUCCACUUCCGAUCCAGCGAAUGGAAAAGUCGAAUGGAAUGGUGGACUUGUCAGUGGUCCCAUAACAGGAUAA